CCAUAAUCUUCAAUUUCUCCAAACCCCAUAGUUUUGCUCCCUCUCUUGCAGUUCAUAUGUUUUCUUAGUUUUUCCCGAUAUUAGUUCCGGGGACUGGAAAUCAUUGACACCCAAUUGAGUUUUUUUCAAAGAAAAUGCAUCGUACCGGCGAACCAACAGCUCAGCAGCCGUCUACGGCACAAACCCUUGACCAAAUCAACCAGCUUCUCUCUCAUUUACUACCAUUUUCUCUUUCUAUCAAGUCUUUUACUUCUCGCUGGCAGGUGCUCCGGUCGAAGCUUGCUACUGUUAAGUCGCUUUUGACGGAAAUAUCUGAUUCUCCUCACUGGUCGGAAAAUGAGCUACUUCCGACCUUGCUGCCUAAUCUUCUUUCCACUUUGCUUCGUGUUCAGACUCUAUGUGAGGAAUGUUCUGACCCGGAGAAGACUCCGGGUAAGCUACUGAUGCAGUCGGACCUUGAUAUGGCUUCUGGGUGGUUGUCUAAGCAGAUCCAUCAUCUCGACCUUCUUUGCCGUUCCGGUGUGCUACGUCAGUCUACUGCUAUUGUUCUCUCUCACCCUUCGUCUAACUCUACCAAAGACGAUUUAGUUCUUUAUAUUAGAGAUGUGUUUACUAGAAUUCAGAUCGGCGGAGUUGAGUUCAAGAGAAAGGCUUUGGAAUCGUUGAUUCAGCUGCUCUCUGAGGAUGAAAAAUCAGCUGGUCUUGUUGCAAAAGAAGGACAAGUUGGGUACUUGAUUAAUUUACUUGACCUUAAUACGGAUCCUUCUAUACGUGAACAGGCAGUUCUUGCUGUAUCAAUGCUUGUUUCCAUGAGCGAACAGGCAAGGAAAUGCGUGUUUGAAGAGGGUGCUUUGGGUCCUUUACUGAGAAUCAUUGAGUCUGGUUCGGUUACGAUGAAGGAAAGAGCUGUCUUGGCAGUGGAAUGCAUCACAAAUGACCCUGAUAAUGCUUGGGCAAUCUCAGCUUAUGGUGGUGUCCCUGUACUUCUGGACUUAUGUAAAUCUGGUUCGGUUGCUGCACAACUUCAUGGUGUUGGGGCUAUCAAGAAUGUUUCCACAAAUGAAGAUGUUCGAAUUGCGUUAGCGGAAGAAGGUGCAAUUCCUGUUCUUUUACAGUUAAUGGUUUCAGGCAAACCAUCAGCACAAGAAAAGGCAGCAAAUUGCAUUGCGAUUCUUGCUUCAUCUGGUGAGUACUAUCGGGAUUUGUUAAUUCAAGAAAAGGGGUUGCAGAGAUUGGUUCAUUUGCUUUAUGAAUCAUCAAGUUCUGAUACAUUAGAAUAUGUUUUACGGGCAAUUCAUUCGUUAUCUUCUUCUGAUUGUGCGUCAAGGAUUCUUUCAUCAUAUCCCACGUUUACUAUUCAGUUGGCCGAGCUUAUAAAGCAUGGUAGCUUAAUGUUACAAUACAUUUCCGCUUCAUUGCUUGCAAAUGUAACAACCAGCGAAGAAAAGAAGAGGGCUAUUGCUGGGUGCAUGGGGUCUUUGGUGAAGCUGAUGGAAUCAGCUAAACCAGAUGGGCUGCAAGAGGUGGCAGCUAAUGCGUUAGUUUCGCUGUUGGCUGUGAAGUCGAAUAGGAAGGAAUUGGUUAAGGAUGAGAAGAGUGUGAUGAAGUUGGUCCAAAUGUUGGAUGCCAAGAACGAUGCGAUUUCGAAGAAGUUCCCAGUGGCAGUGGUGGCGGCAAUCAUGGCAGGAGGGAGCCAGGGUUGUCGGAAGCGACUAGUGGAGGCCGGAGCAUACGGCCAUUUGCAGAAGCUGGUGGAGGCGGAGGUUGCUGGGGCAAAAAAGGCCUUGCAAAGACUCUCAGGCAAUAGGCUAAAGAGCAUUUUCACAAGGACAUGGAGUAAUUAGCAAAGCAACUAACCCCGCCAACAAAAGGUGGUUGUUUGGAUUUUUCCCAACUGUCAAAUGUGGAAAACCAACUCAUUUCCUUCAAAGAAACCAACAAACAAUCACACACUCGGUAUACCCCAACUUUAACCUUAUACUAUAUUGUUUUCAAUUAUUAGAAAAAGAAAAGAAGAAAAAAGAAAGUUGAAUUUAUUCUAAACUAUAUAACACAUGGCAUGGAUGCGGUUUUUAGGGAGUAUCCUUGUUUGUUUAUUUUUUCUCCAUUUUUUUUUAAUGUUUUUGUUUCACCAUGUGAAGCUUUGUAAGUGAGUGAUAAUAGAUAGUGCUUGCACCCCCACCCCCCUUUUUUCCCCAUCCUAGGCAUCGGUUGAUAUUGUAUAUUCAAAGGUUUGUUUUUCUUGUAAUGGCCAAGCCUUAAUUACAAAGUGUGCAACUUGUCUCUUAAAUUUAUCUUCUCUUUAUUGGU